AACAAAGAGAUAGAUUAAAUAAUCAUUUCUUUGAAAAUUUCUAUUUCGCUGGUGAAAAAUAUUUUUUAUCAGCUUGCACGACUCCUAAUUCACAAGAGCAACAAAAAACUGCUCAUGAUGAUAUUCGUAAUGCUGCAACGAAUUUUCGUAAAGCCCUUAUGGUUUUAAGCAAUGCUCAUUCUGAUUUCGUGUCGCGUCAUGAAGCAGUGCAUUUAAUGGAUAAAGUGUGGGAUAAAUAUGACCAAUGUUGGGUUGGAAAUAAAGAAAAUGGUGGUAACAUGGUAAAUUUGACUGAAAUGAUUGAGGAUGAAAUAGAUAAGAAACUUUUAAAGAAAGCUCAAAAGAAGGGUGUAGAGAGCAUAAGUAAUAUCAAAGAGUUCAAAUCAGAAUUAAAGAUGGAACAUGUUGUUAAUAUGCAAUGCGUUGUUGAAGAUGAUUAUGACUUCAUGGAACCACCUGAUUUAAGUCUCUUGGUUAAUUAUUUAAACGAUUGCGCUGUACACGAUACGAACAAUUCAUCAUCGUUUAAAGACAAUAAAGUUGACACUGGCUAUAUCAAUAUUCCCCCAAAACGCGAUAUAAAUAAUCAUUUAAGGGAUGUACGGACAACCAACACUACUCUAUCUGGAUUUAACAGCAAUGAUAUAAUGGAUAUUGAUAAUGAUCCUUUAAAUAUAUAUGACGGAAGAUUUUCCAACGAGCAACAUAUCAUAAGAGGUCCACAGCACUUAGAAAACCAUAAAGUGAAAAAAAAUGACACAAUUCCAAUGGAUAUAAAUUAUAUAAAUGAUGACGAUAAUGACCAACAUGAUUGUUCUACGAUUCAGCGUGGUUCUUUCAUUACCGCAAGACAACAAAUGAUGAUUGAAAAGCAGAAGAAAGGCCGUUUUUCCCCAUCAUAUAAUCAAGGUCAAUCACAUAGUAAUUUUAAUGAUUUCGUUGACAAGCCGCACAUACCAGGGGCCUAUAAGAAAAGAGUCAUUGGAACAUCAAGUCAGACCACUAAAAAAGGAAGGUUUAUAUCUCCUUUAUUGAAACGAAAUGAAAGCCUCGGUGGUGAUGAAUCAAAAAUGCACAAAAAUGAUUAUUUUUCGUCUUUCGGGUCUAAGAGAGAUAAAAAUGAUAGAAAACAAGAUUACGAUGCGGAUAAAGAACAAGCAGUUGAUAGUAGAUUAAAAAAUAUUGACCCAAAAAUGAUCGAAAUGAUCCAAAAUGAGAUCAUGGAUCGGACUCCCAAAAUCUCUUGGGAAGAUAUCGCUGGAUUAGAACAUGCGAAAAAAACCAUUCAAGAGGCCGUUACAUGGCCUAUGUUAAGACCAGAUAUUUUUACAGGGUUAAGAGGCCCUCCUAAAGGGUUAUUACUUUUUGGACCUCCAGGGACCGGCAAAACCCUCAUUGGCAAAUGUAUAGCCAGUGCUUCAUCCCUAACUUCGAAAUGGGUUGGCGAUGGUGAAAAAAUGGUUCGCGCUUUAUUCUCUGUUGCAAGGGUAAAUCAGCCCGCUGUAGUAUUCGUAGAUGAGAUCGAUUCUUUACUGACCCAAAGGACUGAUGGCGAAUUUGAAUCUUCAAGACGCAUCAAAACUGAGUUUUUGGUUCAAUUUGAUGGUGUGAAAACCGCUGGGUUAGAAGAGGAUCGAAUUCUUAUUGUUGGAGCAACAAAUAGGCCACAAGAAAUUGAUGAAGCUGCACGACGUCGGUUUCGUAAAAGACUCUAUAUUCCUUUACCAGAAUUAGAUGGAAGAUACUGUAUUAUAAAAAAUUUAUUACAGAAACAAAAACACUCAUUGACUGAUCAAGAAAUUUAUGAAAUUUGCGAGAAAACUGCUGGAUACUCUGGGUCAGAUAUGGAUGGACUAUGUAGAGAAGCUGCAUUGGGACCAAUACGCGUAAUCGGAGAUAUAAGAAACAUUUCAGCGGACGAUGUACGACCAAUAAAUUACCAAGAUUUUUUAAAUGCAUUGACACAAGUUCGUGCAAGUGUUAGCGAUCGUGACUUAGAACUAUACCAAGUAUGGAAUCAAAACUAUG